UUUGGGCUUUUAAGCUCUAUUUUCCUUAUAUAACGGUAGGUAGAUCCUUAGGGUUUCUCUUCAUCGAGAGGGAGGGCACGCAACAGCAUCAGCCAUGGUUCUCAAGACAGAACUCUGUCGUUUCAGUGGUGGCAAGAUUUACCCUGGGAGGGGCAUCAGAUUUAUUCGUUCAGAUUCUCAGGUGUUCCUAUUCCUCAAUUCAAAAUGCAAAAGAUACUUCCACAACAGGCUGAAGCCAUCAAAACUUACUUGGACAGCUAUGUAUAGGAAGCAACACAAGAAGGAUAUUGCACAAGAAGCUGUUAAGAAGAGGCGACGUGCCACCAAGAAGCCUUACUCUAGGUCCAUUGUGGGUGCAACCUUGGAGGUUAUCCAGAAGAAAAGAACUGAAAGGCCAGAAGUUCGAGAUGCUGCCAGGGAGGCUGCUCUUCGUGAAAUUAAGGAAAGGAUUAAGAAGACAAAGGAUGAAAAGAAGGCUAAGAAAGCAGAGGUGACGGCCAAGUCCCAGAAAGCUGGAGGAAAGGGCAACCUCCCCAAAGGAGGUGCAUCAAAAGGUCCUAAGCUUGGUGGCGGCGGAGGAAAACGUUAAGCUGCUGUUCAUUUUGUUUCCUUAUUAGCAAUAGAUUGUCUUGUUUGAAGACCACUGUAAACGACCAUCAUUUACAAUAGUUACAUCUGCAGACAGAAGUUUCUCGUAAGACAAUUUGCAUUUAGUUGAAAAUGCAGCUAUUGAUUCCCCUCGGAUUGCUGACCAGUUGUGGGUGCAUUCUAUGUUACGGCUAUCGUUUUUAGAAAUCUGUCUUCAAAUGUG